AUGGCCACCCUCCGCCACCAUACACCGGCGCCACCACCACCACCCGCCGGCGUAACCACCCCCUCCGCCACCGAACAUCGGCACCAACACCACCAUCAAACAUCACCGACCACCGCCACCAAACCCACCGUCGUCGCCACCCUCCGCCACCGAACACCAGCGCCACCACCGGCCACCACCGCUAACACCGCCCACCCACCGCCACCACCCUUCUCCACAACAUCGGCACCACUUCCGACCAUCGCCACCCUCUGCCACCGAACACCAGCAUCACUGCCGUCACAACCUACCACCGCCACUCCCACCACCGCUGCCACCAACCGUCGCCACCACCCACCGCCGCCAUCGACUAUCUCCACCCAUGGCCAAUUUUAUUCCUUCUUUUUUUCCUGCCCACCAAACACUACAAGGUAA